AGGUAAGAGAAGUUGGAUCAGUGAAAACCAUUACUCCUCACGGUCUAACUCGAGUUCAAUAGAUAGAUGCACUUCUUCAGCUCAGAUGCCUCUUAACUGCACAUCUCGCCUUUAUCGCAUUGAGUUCUACCCCCAUGGAUGCAUGUCAUAUCAUACACCAACAAAAAGACAAUCAAGGAUUGGCUAACCUCUAAUGCCAGAAAUCUUGCUUGUUGUUGAGCAUACACAAGACUCCAAGAGAACAACUUUCACCAUGGGAUGCGGUCACCGUAUGCUUCCUACCCUGGAGUAUAUACCCAGGCGGUGCGUCCAGUGGUCUCAAACAUCUCUGUGAUAGGUGUCCAGUACAAUGGUCCUCCGUGUAGAGACUAUCUCGGUCUUGCUAUCUUCGUCUUGGUCUUCUUUCCCCCCAUUGGUCUCUUCGCUAUCCUCAAAUCUAGACAGGUGCGUGAUCGUGCGUUGGUAGGUGACAUCAUCGGGUCGCAGCGUGCCUCAGGUACGACACGACGCCUCUGCUACGUGGGUCUCGCUAUCGGUUUCUUUCUCUGGAUUGCGUUCCUGACCGCCGCCAUGAUCAUCUUUUCGCAGACGGAGAAAAUGGCUUUCGGCGAGACGUCGCAUCCCAUCCCCGAGACGCGGCACUUCAAUUUCACCCUCAUCACGGGCCCCCGAUAGGCAUUUUCCUUUCGGACUCCAUCUUUUGGUGAAAUUUAGUUGUUUUUAAUUUUACAUUUUCUUUUGUAUUGAGACUUUCAUUUUUGUUCCAAUUAUCCCAUUAUAUUAUAUCAUAUUACGUUGCUCUCACUCUCUCUCUCUCUCUCUCUCAAUUUCAUCCUCAUCAUGGGCCCCCGAAAGGCAGUUUCCUUUUGGACUCCCAUCUUUUGGUGAAAUUUAGUUGUAUUAAAUUUAACUUUUUUUAUUUGUCUUGAGACUUCCAUUUCUGUUCUCAUUUGUCCCAUUUUAAUACUUUAUAUUACGUUCCUCUCACUCUCUUUCUCUCCUUCUUUUUCUCCCCCUCCCUCCUGCCCUCUCAUUUUGU